GGUACUUGAUUGUGUGUUUAGAGCAGUGAACAAGGUUGUUGUCCCCCUCGCGGCGGACUUGUACACACUACCGUUAUACACAACCCCAGAACUUCAUCAAGUCUUUAAUUGACUCCACAUUUGAAGAUGACAUCUCAUCAAAAUACAAUUCCCAGCAUAUAUAAGGACACUCCCAGUUCUGGAUGUGCCAGCAAUCUUGCUAAACGUCUGUUGUUGCGGGACUGAUUUUACAAAUAGAUUCUAUACCGGUUAGGUUUUACUUAGAAUAACAAGUAACUUUAUUAGUCAUGAAAACUUUAGUCAAGUAAUGCAGUCUUUAGAAUUUAAUUCUUCAUUCGUUAUACGUACAUGCAGACAAAUUGUCUCGUAUGCAGCAACUGUUGAAUUUUCUUGAAAACUCUCAUUGUCCUACAUCUGGAAAUAAUGGUUUCAAAUCUUUCGGAAAACCGUAAAGAUUUUCGAUUUUCUGUUGAACUUUGAUAUGGAACUUGCUAGAGACAUUCCGAUACAAUUUUAUAAUUACUGUCGAAGUCUUGAAGAGGAAAUCGAAACCUUGUGCGAUCCAAGACCGUGUAGUUUGGAGGGAGUUGCAAACAAAUUAUUUCUACCGACGUCAUUUUGUUCUGGCCCUUCUCACUGUGAUCCCUACGUUCAACACCAGGAAAGCAGCCCUGAUCAUUCCGAAGACUACUUCCUCGACGGUCUACGUCAUCAACGAGAGUCUUUGAAAUACGACGACGAAUUUCAAACGCAACCCCAACGCCACGCUGCAAACAUUCGUGAACGAAAGAGGAUGCUGAGCAUAAAUUCUGCAUUUGAAGAACUCCGUUCUCACGUACCAACAUUUCCGUACGAGAAGCGUUUGUCUAAGAUCGACACGCUUCGUCUUGCUAUAGCCUAUAUAGCGCUGUUGCGGGACAUGCUGGAUGAUGAUGCUCACGACCCCGUGGAUUACGUGGAGCAAUGUCUGAGGACAUGUGAGGGUGGACAACGACAGGCACAGUGGAAUACUAGUGAUCUGACAGCGAGACUAUCUUGGGUGAAAUGGGAAAGUCUUGGUGUUCGGCGACGUCCUGCCCCAAAUGCUUAUAACCAGAAUACAUGUUGAUACUUAGCCUGGAAAUAUCACAGAACAUUGCACCACUUUGAAACGGUUCGAGUGCUUAUCCAUAUCCGACGAAUUCAGGAAGAAAAUCAUAUCAAAGACACAAAUAUGUGAUAUAAUGAUUCUUAUAAUCAAUGAGUGAAAAGAUAUUCAAUAAUAUUAAACAUUAUUAUACGUAAUAUAAUCAUAUUUAAUGUUGAAAUAUGGGAAACAUCUGUGCCCAAUAUGUUUCUCUGACAGUUGUAAAUACUGCAAAAUAAAACAUUGUCAAUUACCAUA